AUGGAUUUGAAAAAAUGUGUUAUUAAUUUGAUUCUUUUAUUUUACAUUAACAAGUUUAUAUGUUAUUUUUGUUUUAGUCAUAAUUCCUUUGGAAGGAAAAAUAAUUGUUUUUUCUUUUUGAAUAAAAAUAAUUAUAUAAAAAAUAUCAACAUUAUUGAUCCAGUUAAGAAACUUUGGAACUUUGAACUUAAUCUGAUUUUUAGAAAGUUGAAAGAUCAAUCGAUGGUCAAAAGUAUUCCCGGUCAUGUGAGAAGAAAAAAGAAAAAGAAGAAGAAAAAAAAAGGGAAACAAGAUGAAGAACCAAAAAAGAAAGUUAACAAAAAAUUAGCAAGGAGGAAAUUACUUAAAUUCUAUAAACUUAAAAGAAAAAAUGAAGGAAAGGAAGAAAAUGUUUUCGAUGAUAAAGAAAAAUAUUCUGUAUUUGAUUAUAUUGAAGACAAAAUGAAUAAUAAUUCAUCAAAUAAUUUAUUUAAUAAGAAGCCUGAAAUUAAUAUGAAAGAAAAUGAUCAAUUAAUUAAUGAGAAAAAAAAAAAGGAAAAUAUAUUAUUAGGAGAGAAAAAAGAAGAAGAACAAGAACAAGAACAACAACAACAAAAAUAUAUAUUACAACAAGAGGAAAAUAUAACAAGUGACGAGGAUAUAACGAAUAAUAAAAAUUUUGAAGAUGAUACAUAUGAUGAUUUAGAAAGUGUAGAAAAUAAUGAUACAGAUGUAUUAUUAAAUGAACAAGAGAAAACUAAAAAAAAAAAAAAAAAAUUAAAAAAAUUGAAAAAAAAUAUGCAUAUUGGAAAAUAUAAUAGAAAAAUAUAUACAUAUAAAAAAAAGGUUUCUAUAGAUACUAUUCAUGAAUAUAUAUUAAAUAAACAAUUAAAAGAUAAAUAUAUAUUAAGAAGAGAUUCUUUAAAAAAUGUUUUUGUAAAUAUGCCGCUAUUUAAUUUUUAUAAUUUCUAUAACUUCUUUCAAAUAGAUCAUGUCGAAAAAUAUAACAAGUCUAAAAUUUUAAAUUUAAUUUAUUAUUAUCUAUAUAAAUAUAAAAAUAAUGUUGAUAAUAAAACCAAAUAUGACCUUAUCAAAAUAGAUGAUAUAAUGCAAAAGUAUGAUAAAAUUACAGAUGACAAAAUAAAAAUGAAUCAUUAUUUAGAAUAUUAUAUUAAUAUGAAUAAUAAUAAAUAUUUAUAUAUGAAUAUAGACAAAGAUUAUACUUUGAAAAAGAAAAUCACCGAUGCUUUUACAAUCAGUAAUAUAAACAAGGUUGAUUCACUUCACAUACAUAAUUAUAAGGUUAUAUGGACAAUAAGGAACGUUCAAGAGAAAUUAUUUUGGAGAUUCAGAGAAAUGGGAAAUAUUCCUUUGACUACUUCUGCCUUCACCUUUGCAGGGAAAAAAUCAUUCAAGUUGAAAAUAUGGUUAGAUGGUCAUAAGUCGUCAAAAAAAAAUUAUGUAAGUAUUGGCUUGAAACAACUUGAAAAGUAUUCUAUACUCGAUGAAUAUAUAUGCUUUUCUCUUAAUGGUAUUGUUAGAGGACCCUUUACCUAUAUGUCUAAAGAAUAUUAUCAGAAUUGUUAUAAUUUUUGUAAAUUCGAUGAACUUGAUUUACAAAAAGAUGAAUUACAAUUAAGUGUUUAUGUGCAUGAUGGUAUUGUUUAG